AUGGCCGCACCCGGGCUGUGGCCAGGUAUGGGCAGGCUCCUUGAGAUGCCGGCGGCGCUGAGGCGCAUGAGCCGACCUUACAGCACGUUCCAGGCCUUCGCGGAGGUUCUGCGGCUGCCAAAGCAGCAGCUGACGAAGCUCGUGUUCCCGCUACAGGACCUCGAGCGGCAGCUCGUCCCGGACUCGAAGUCCGAGCUUCACCUGAAGAUCUUCGACCCGAACCUGGAGGAGAUCGCGAGGGCGGAGAGCAUCUUCACGGCCACCCCCCGGAACCGCAUCGAGUACCUCAGCUCCGCCGAGCGGCUGGACCACGCCCCGGACCUCCCCCGCCCGGAGGUGUGUUUUAUAGGCAGAAGCAAUGUUGGAAAAUCUUCUCUAAUAAAGGCUUUAUUUUCACUGGCCCCAGAGGUUGAAGUCAGAGUCUCCAAAAAACCGGGGCACACAAAGAAAAUGAAUUUUUUCAAAGUUGGAAAAUAUCUUACAUUGGUGGACAUGCCAGGUUAUGGCUAUAGAGCACCUGAAGAUUUUGUUGACAUGGUAGAGACCUAUCUCAAAGAACGAAGGAAUUUGAUGAGAACAUUUUUGUUAGUGGAUAGUGUUGUCGGAAUUCAAAAAACAGACAAUAUUGCCAUAGAAAUGUGUGAAGAAUUUGCGUUACCUUAUGUGAUGGUAUUAACAAAAAUUGACAAAUCUUCCAAGGGACAUCUUUUAAAACAAGUGCUUCAGAUCCAGAAAUUUGUUGACACUAACACACAAGGAUGUUUUCCUCAGUUGUUUCCUGUGAGUGCUGUGACGUAUUCUGGAAUCCAUCUGUUGAGAUGCUUUAUAGCAAAUAUAACAGGAAAUCUUAAGACUGAUGGCAUCCAGUUUAGCUGAAGAUUCAAAAUUCUUUGUGCCAGUUGGAGUUAAACACCCAAGUUUCAACAUUGUUUUAAAUGUUGUGUAUCUGUAACUUGCCGAAGGAUCACUUCAGCUUUCUUUUUUUUGUUUGUUUGUUUUUGGUGAGGAAGAUCAGCCCUGAGCUAACAUCCAUGCCAAUCCUCUUUUUGCUGAAGAAGACUGGCCCUGGGCUAACAUCUGUGCCCAUUUUCCUCCACUUUAUAUGGGACGCUGCCACAGCACGGCCUGACAAGUGGUGUGUCGGUGCGCGCCCAGGAUCCGAACCUGGGCUGCCAGCAGAGGAAGGCGCGCACUUAACUGCUACGCCACGGGGCCAGCCCCAGGAUCACUUCAGCUUUAAAACUUGCAUCUUCCUGAAGCAAGAAUGAAUUUAUGCCUGGGGGACAAAAGGUUUAUAAAUGAUUGGAUUAUGCCAUUCAUUAGAACAUAUGCUAGCAGUUUUUCCUGUUUUAACAAACUGACAAGAGCAUAUAGAAGUCCAUAAAAGGAAAACCUGUUUACUGCUGUGUAGAGAAGGUUUGCCAUGUUAUUUAUUGGGCUCUUGUUUUUUAAAGAAAACAUCUAUUAUGUAUAUUUUUUUAAAUAUUAAAAUGGACUAGGUAACAAGGGGCUACUUUUCUGUUAAGCACUGAUAAGUAGGUUGAAUAUAAAUGCUCUUAUGUAUGCCUAUAAUUUAUCUUUUUUCUGAGUCCUUAUUUAAAUAUAAAAAUUAUUCUUGAUAAAAUUUCCGUCAGUCCAUGCUGGAAACACCAGUCAGUUCAGGCUGGGAUCAGUCACCUUCAGGUGACCACAGGAUGCAGAAUCAGAAGACCAGAAUUCAAGUUCCAGUUCUAAUAUUUAUUCUAUGUUGGAUCUUGGGCAAGUUACUUGACUUCUGUGAGUUUCAUUUGUAACUAACCUCACAAGCUGUGAAGAUUACAAUAUUAUGUGUGACAGGGACAUCUGCAUAUUCUGCAUAUUUGUAAAGCAAAACCAACCCAGGGAUACAGCAAAAUUCACAGGUAGAUUUAUCACAGAAAACAUCCUGUCAUGGAGGAAGUAACAUUUUGCCUACUGAAAGAUAAAAAACAAAAACUAGUUUUAAGUGAGAAAACUGAUUUGCAAAGGGCAAGAGAAGAAAGUUGUUAGGACAGUUUAGAAUUGGCACGUUGAGAUUCAGAAUGGAAAGAUAAAGCCUUACUUUGAACUAAAGUUAAUGGAAAAGAUUUAUGACCUGUUCAUAUAAGUGGCUUAGCUUUUCAAAGUAAGGCUGAGUAUUAAAAGGUUAUAGCGAUAGUGCUGGAUAAAAAAUUAAGGCUGUAAAACAAUUUUGUGGUUUUUUUAGAAAAUUCAAUUCUGAAUAUAUUUUCAGUUGUUUUAUAGUUGAUAGUGCUGGUCAUUUCUAACCAGCAGGGUUAAGCUAAAAAACUUUUUAUACAGGCAUUCACAAAGUAAAAUAUAUGGUGACAAUAGAAUUAUCUUAAGAAGUCAUCCUUCUGCCUGCCAGUAUUGCUUUACUGCUUCUCUUAGUCUUGGUUCUCCUAAAAGCAGAGCCCAAGGCAAAAGCUUGCACACAGUUUGUUUGGGAAGUGAUCCCAGGGAACAGGAGUGAUGGAGAAAUGGAACAGAAGGGAGGGAAGCCAAUCAAGGCUGCAUUGAGUUGGACACCAAUUUUGAGGGACCUUCUGAGGAGCUUUAUAAAAUGUACCUCUGAACUGUCUUUGAAUAGGGGAGAGGGCAGUCCCACACCUCUCCCAAGUUGUACAUGCCCAAGGGCUAGGCAAUUCCUGCAGCUCAUCAGAAGCCAGGAGGCAGGAAGUGAGGUCCCUGGAGCAGGAGGUAAGGCGCAAUUGUCCAGUCCUACUUGAAACUGGGGCCACUGUAGUUGCUGAAGAAAGAAGGCUAAGAGGAUUUGAAGUGACACAUGGGAGGUCUCACCACUCUUAGAGAUGAUCUGAGUGUUCUAAUGCCACCAGAAGUGAUAAAAUUGGUAUUCACUAUGAUGAUAGUAACAGUUUCUAAUCUAAGUUGUGGUUUUGUAUAUUUUAGAUUUCACUUUUAAAAACUUAAAACAGGGCCACCCAGUGGUUAAAGUUUGGCGUGCUCCACUUUGGCGGCCCCACGUUCAGUUCCCGGGCGUGGAACCACAGCACCUGUCUCUCAGUAGCCAUAUUGUGGUGGCAGUUCACACAGAAGAACCAGAAGGACUGACUUACUACUAGAAUAUACAACUAUGUACUGGCGCUUUGGGGAGGACAAAAAAGAGAGGGAGAGGAAAAUUAGCAACAGAUGUUUGCUCAGGGUGAAUCUUCCCCAGCACAAAAAAAAAAAAAAAACUUUAAAUAUUUGAAUUUAAAUUGGGAAAAUUAACUGAUAUAGAAUACUACAUUCCUUAUAAAUUAUCAUUUUGUGGACACGUGAAACUUUUUACUAUUUUUCCCAGAAUUGUAAAGGGCAGGAGAUGGGAGAAGGAGAUGAAAAAACUUACUCCAAAGGAACAUUAAUGAAGUAGAAAAAAAAUGCUAGGCUUAUAGUCCAAUCCAGGCUUUAUAGUUUUACCUCCUUGGACAACUCACCGAGCCACUCUGGUUUUUCCAAUGAGGGAUAACCUCCAAAGUCUCUUUCAACUGUAAAAGUUUAUGAUUCUUGAACAAUAAUGCCACUUCAGAUGAAGGAACCUACGCCCAGGGAAACUGACCAGCUCAGGGGAGUCAUGUGCAAAGAAAAGUAGAGGCAAGACUGGACCUUAAAUCUUAGAAUCUUAGCAGCUGAUGGCCAUUUCUAGACUUGUCAUGAAUGAGAUCUCCUUGAUAUUGUCCAUAUUUUAAGGCACUAAGUAGCUACUACCACUUGGUAGGAAGCCAGGAGGAAUAUAAAUGAAAAGUGACUAGAGAUUAAGAACUCAAUUAAAACAGGAUAUUUAGCAGGGCUUCAGGAAUGAAGGAAGCUAAACCAGUGUUUAUAUAACUGCAUUUCAGGCUAUCUCCAUCAAAAUCACCUGGGCUCCUCGUUAAAAUGAAGACUUCUGGCCCCAUCUCCUGGCCAAAUCUCUUCGGAAGGGACUGGGAAUCUGCAUUUUUAAACAACACACCAGGUGAUUCUCAAAACAGCCUAAAGUGUGAGAACUACUAGAACAGAUAAGUGGGAAAAUGUGCAGAGAG